UGUGGCUGGGCAAGUUUUUGCCGCGAAGUGCUGAUUUCGUGGUGUUUAACAAAUAGUGCUGAUAAAAUUGGUGGCCCUGGCACGAUUUUAGAAAUUGACGAAUCUAAAUUUGGCAAAAGAAAGUACAACGUCGGCAGAUUGAUUGAGGGCCAGUGGGUUUAUGGUGGGGUGUGCCGUGAAUGUUGGAAUUUUUUUUUUAUUCCGGUGCCCUCCAGAGAUGCUGAGACCCUUCUGGCAAUUAUAAAAGACCGUGUGAAAGAAGGGACCACCAUCAUUAGCGACUGCUGGAAGGCAUAUAGCUGUCUAAAGAAAGAGGGGUUUCAACACCUGACAGUUAACCAUUCCCUCAACUUCGUGGAUCCCGUCACUGCGGCUCAUACAAACACCAUCGAGCGUAAGUGGCGGGAAGCGAAGGCCAAAGUACCGCAUUACGGCAGGAGGAAAUACCAUUUUUCUGGCUAUCUGGCACGUACUAUGUUUCAAAUGAGCAUCCCAGAUUCAAACCAGAGACUGCAUCGCUUCCUCCUUGCUGCUGCUAAAUUGUACCCUCCGCAGUAAGGGACGUCGUCAUAUCAUUUAUGUUUUUUCUUCCACUGCAAAUCCUUUUCAGUAAAAGAGGGGGUUCCGGGGCAGCCGUGCCCCCUUGAAUAAGUAAAUAAACAGGUAAAACAAGUAAAACAUGAAGACCUGUAUCAAGCUCUAUCUUGCCGUGCAUAUCGAGGUAAAGAGAAUGUUUGCCAGGGGGUGAUGGGGGGGCAGAGCCCCCUAUCAACCCUCCCCUUGUCACGGCAACUUAGACUGUGGAGUAAAUAUUCUGUCGUUAAUCAUGUUAAUCAGAUGCUCGCAUUUCUUCAUCAUAAAUAUGAAUUUUGGCUCGCAUUUCCGAAAAGU